AAGGAACUAGUCGCGGCAAAACCUCGGUAAUUCUGAGGGAGAGUGAGUGGGGCAAGGACCCGCUGAGCCCAGCCGACACCUCUCUCCUCGGGCGCAGGUGGGCAGGGCAGGGGGCGCCGCAGGACCGGCGCAGCCAGAGCCAAUUUCUCGGGGUCGCUUUGCUCCUUUUUUUUUAAAAAAAAAUUUUCCCCUUUUCCUUUCUCCGGAAGAGUUUUUCAAGGGGUGGGGGAAAAAGACGCAAACACAAAAGUGGAAACCAGUUAAUGACCAGCCACGGCCGCCCUGCUGUGAGCUGCGGCCACUACCUCCACGGGCUCCAGAGCCACACGCGGUUGCUGUGGGCAGCAGCGGAGGUAACAUGGCUUACUGGCCUCAGCUGAGGUUGUUGCUGUGGAAGAACCUCACUUUCAGAAGAAGACAAACAUGUCAGCUAUUGCUGGAAGUGGCCUGGCCUCUAUUUAUUUUCCUGAUCCUGAUCUCCGUUCGGCUGAGCUACCCACCCUAUGAACAGCAUGAAUGCCACUUUCCAAACAAAGCCAUGCCCUCUGCAGGAACGCUUCCUUGGGUUCAGGGGAUUAUCUGUAAUGCCAAUAACCCCUGUUUCCGUUAUCCGACUCCUGGUGAGGCCCCUGGGGUUGUUGGAAACUUUAACAAAUCCAUUGUGUCUCGCCUGUUUUCAGAUGCUCGGCGCCUUCUCUUAUAUAGCCAGAAAGACACCAGCAUGAAGGACAUACACCAAGUUCUGAGGACAUUACAGCAGAUAGAGAGUUCUGGUUCAAGCUUGAAGCUUCAGGAUUUCCUAGUGGACAAUGAAACCUUCUCUGAAUUCCUGACCUACAACCUUUCUCUGCCAAGGCUUACUGUGGACAAAAUGCUGGGUGCCAGUGUCAGUCUCCACAAGGUAUUUUUGCAAGGGUACCAGUUACAUUUGACCAAUCUGUGCAGUGGAUCAAAAUUAGAAGAGGUGAUUCAACUUGGUGAACAAGAAGUUUCCAAGCUUUGCAGCUUGCCAAGGGAGAAAUUGGAUUCAGCAGAGCAAGUGCUUCAUUCCAACAUGGACAUCCUGAAACCGAUCCUGAGGGAACUAAACUCUAAGUCUCCCUUCCUGAGCAAGGAACUGGCUAAAGCCACAAAAACUUUGCUGGAUAGUCUCGGGACUUUGGCUCAAGAGCUGUUCAGCAUGAACAGCUGGAGUGACAUGCGGCAGGAGGUCAUGUUCCUGACCAAUGUGAACAGCUCCAGCUCGUCCACCCAGAUAUACCAAGCCGUGUCGCGCAUCGUCUGUGGCCAUCCCGAGGGCGGGGGCCUGAAGAUCAAGUCCCUCAACUGGUACGAGGACAACAACUACAAAGCCCUCUUUGGCGGCAAUGGCACAGAUGAAGAUGCCGGCAGCUUUUAUGACAAUUCUACAACUCCUUAUUGCAAUGAUUUGAUGAAGAAUUUGGAGUCCAGUCCUCUUUCCCGCAUCAUAUGGAAAGCUCUCAAGCCUCUGCUUGUUGGGAAGAUCCUGUAUACUCCUGACACUCCAGCCACCAGGCAGGUGAUGGCCGAGGUGAAUAAGACCUUUCAAGAACUGGCUGUGUUUCAUGAUGUGCAAGGUAUGUGGGAAGAGCUCAGCCCCAAGAUCUGGACCUUCAUGGAGAGUAACCCGGAAAUGGACCUUGUUCGGACAAUGUUGGACAGCAGAAGCAAUGACCACUUUUGGGAACAGCAAUUGGAUGGCUUAGACUGGACUGCUAAAGAUAUCCUGGCAUUUCUGGCCAAGCACCCCGAGGAUGUCCAGUCUGCUAAUGGCUCUGUGUACACCUGGAGAGAGGCCUUCAAUGAGACUGACCAGGCAAUCCAGACCAUCUCUCGCUUCAUGGAGUGUGUCAACUUGAACAAACUCGAACCGGUAGCAACAGAAGUCCGGCUCAUCAACAAGUCCAUGGAGUUGCUGGACGAGCGGAAGUUCUGGGCUGGUGUCGUGUUCACUGGAAUCACUCCCGGCAGUGUUGAGCUACCCCGUCAUGUCAAGUACAAGAUCCGAAUGGACAUUGACAAUGUGGAGAGGACAAAUAAAAUCAAGGAUGGGUACUGGGACCCGGGUCCUCGGGCUGACCCCUUUGAGGAUAUGCGGUACGUCUGGGGAGGCUUUGCCUACUUGCAAGACGUGGUGGAGCAGGCGAUCAUCAGGGUGCUGACAGGCACGGAGAAGAAAACUGGUGUCUAUGUGCAGCAGAUGCCUUACCCCUGUUACGUCGACGACAUCUUCCUGCGGGUGAUGAGCCGGUCGAUGCCCCUGUUCAUGACGCUGGCCUGGAUCUACUCCGUGGCUGUGAUCAUCAAGGGCAUCGUGUAUGAGAAGGAGGCGCGGCUGAAGGAGACCAUGCGCAUCAUGGGCCUGGACAACGGCAUCCUCUGGUUCAGCUGGUUCAUCAGUAGCCUCAUUCCUCUGCUCGUGAGCGCCGGCCUGCUGGUGGUCAUCCUGAAAUUAGGGAACCUGCUGCCGUACAGCGACCCCAGUGUGGUGUUUGUCUUUCUGUCUGUGUUCGGCGUGGUGACCAUCCUGCAGUGCUUCCUGAUCAGCACCCUCUUCUCCAGAGCCAACCUGGCGGCAGCCUGUGGGGGCAUCAUCUACUUCAUUCUGUACCUGCCCUAUGUGCUGUGCGUGGCAUGGCAAGACUACGUGGGCUUCACGCUCAAGAUCUUCGUGAGCCUGCUGUCUCCUGUGGCUUUCGGGUUUGGCUGUGAGUACUUUGCCCUUUUCGAGGAGCAGGGCAUUGGGGUGCAGUGGGACAACCUGUUUGAGAGCCCCGUGGAGGAGGAUGGCUUCAGCCUCACCACUUCAGUCUCCAUGAUGCUGUUCGACACCUUUCUCUAUGGAGUGAUGACGUGGUACAUCGAGGCUGUCUUUCCAGGCCAGUAUGGAAUCCCCAGGCCCUGGUAUUUUCCUUGCACCAAAUCCUACUGGUUUGGUGAGGAAAGUGAUGAGAAGAGCCACCCUGGUUCCAGCCAGAAGGGAGUAUCAGAAAUCUGCAUGGAGGAGGAACCCACACACCUGAAGCUGGGCGUGUCCAUUCAGAACCUGAUGAAGGUUUACCGGGAUGGCAUGAAGGUGGCUGUUGAUGGCCUGGCCUUGAAUUUCUAUGAGGGCCAGAUCACCUCCUUCUUGGGCCACAAUGGAGCUGGAAAGACCACCACCAUGUCAAUCCUGACUGGGUUGUUCCCUCCCACCUCGGGCACUGCCUACAUCCUGGGGAAAGACAUUCGCUUUGAGAUGAGCACCAUCCGGCAGAACCUGGGGGUCUGCCCCCAGCAUAACGUGCUGUUUGACAUGCUGACUGUGGAAGAACACAUCUGGUUCUAUGCACGUCUGAAGGGGCUCUCGGAGAAGCACGUGAAAGCAGAGAUGGAGCAGAUGGCCUUGGAUGUGGGUUUGCCACCCAGCAAACUGAAAAGCAAAACAAGUCAGCUGUCAGGUGGAAUGAAGAGAAAGCUGUCUGUGGCUUUGGCCUUUGUUGGGGGAUCCAAGGUUGUCAUUCUGGACGAGCCUACUGCCGGUGUGGACCCUUACUCCCGCAGGGGAAUAUGGGAGCUCCUGCUGAAAUAUCGACAAGGCCGCACCAUUAUUCUGUCCACGCACCACAUGGAUGAAGCGGACAUCCUGGGGGACAGGAUUGCCAUCAUUUCCCAUGGGAAGCUGUGCUGUGUGGGCUCCUCCCUGUUUCUGAAGAACCAGCUGGGAACAGGCUACUACCUGACCCUGGUCAAGAAGGAUGUGGAAUCCUCCCUCAGUUCCUGUAGAAAUAGCAGUAGCACUGUGUCAUACCUGAAAAAGGAGGACAGUGUUUCUCAGAGCAGUUCUGAUGCUGGCCUGGGCAGCGACCAUGAAAGUGACACGCUGACCAUCGAUGUCUCUGCCAUCUCCAACCUCAUCAGGAAGCAUGUGGCUGAGGCCCGGCUAGUGGAAGACAUUGGGCAUGAACUGACAUAUGUGCUGCCCUACGAAGCUGCCAAAGAGGGGGCCUUUGUGGAACUCUUCCAUGAGAUUGAUGACCGGCUCUCAGACCUGGGCAUCUCUAGUUAUGGCAUCUCAGAGACGACCCUGGAAGAAAUAUUUCUCAAAGUGGCUGAAGAGAGUGGGGUGGAUGCUGAGACCUCAGAUGGCACCUUGCCGGCAAGACGAAACAGACGGGCCUUCGGGGACAAGCAGAGCUGUCUUCGCCCAUUCACUGAAGAUGACGCCAUUGAUCCUAAUGAUUCUGACGUAGACCCAGAAUCCAGAGAAACAGACCUGCUCAGCGGGAUGGAUGGCAAAGGCUCCUACCAGGUGAAGGGCUGGAAGCUCACACAGCAGCAGUUUGUGGCCCUUCUGUGGAAGAGGCUGCUGAUUGCCAGACGGAGUCGGAAGGGAUUCUUUGCUCAGAUCAUCCUGCCAGCUGUGUUUGUUUGCAUUGCCCUGGUGUUCAGCUUGAUCGUGCCCCCCUUUGGCAAGUACCCCAGCCUGGAACUUCAGCCCUGGAUGUACAACGAACAGUACACGUUUGUCAGGUACGUGUUUGCUUUCUGUGCCCCAGGAGAGAAGAGAGCUCACAGAAAACAGAACACUGCAGACAUCCUUCAGAACCUGACUGGAAGAAACAUUUCAGAUUAUCUGGUGAAGACCUAUGUGCAGAUCAUAGCCAAAAGUUUAAAGAACAAGAUCUGGGUGAAUGAGUUUAGGUAUGGAGGGUUUUCCCUGGGUGCCAGUAAUUCUCAUUCACUUCCUUCAAGUCAAGAAGUUAAUAAUGCCAUCAAGCAAGUGAAGAAGCACUUGAAGCUGGCCAAGGACAGUUCUGCAGAUCGAUUUCUCAGCAGCUUGGGAAGGUUCAUGACAGGACUGGACACGAAAAAUAACGUCAAGGUGUGGUUCAACAACAAGGGCUGGCAUGCCAUUAGCUCUUUCUUGAAUGUCAUCAACAACGCCAUUCUCCGGGCCAACCUGCAGAAGGGAGAGAACCCCAGCCAGUAUGGGAUUACUGCCUUCAAUCACCCCCUGAAUCUCACCAAGCAGCAGCUCUCGGAAGUGGCUCUAAUGACCACAUCAGUGGAUGUCCUCGUGUCCAUCUGUGUCAUCUUCGCGAUGUCCUUCGUCCCGGCCAGCUUUGUUGUGUUCCUGAUCCAAGAGCGGGUCAGCAAAGCAAAGCACCUGCAGUUCAUCAGUGGAGUGAAGCCUGUCAUCUACUGGCUCUCCAAUUUCGUGUGGGAUAUGUGCAACUAUGUGGUCCCUGCCACGCUGGUCAUUAUCAUCUUCAUCUGCUUCCAGCAGAAGUCCUAUGUGUCCUCUACCAACCUGCCUGUGCUAGCCCUGCUACUUCUGCUGUAUGGGUGGUCGAUCACACCGCUCAUGUACCCAGCCUCUUUCGUGUUCAAGAUCCCCAGCACAGCCUACGUGGUCCUCACCAGCGUGAACCUCUUCAUCGGGAUCAAUGGCAGUGUGGCCACUUUUGUGCUGGAGCUCUUUACCAACAACAAGCUGAAUAACAUCAAUGAUAUCCUGAAAUCUGUAUUCUUGAUCUUCCCCCAUUUUUGCCUGGGACGGGGGCUCAUUGACAUGGUGAAAAACCAAGCAAUGGCUGAUGCCUUGGAAAGGUUUGGGGAGAACCGUUUUGUUUCGCCACUGUCUUGGGACUUAGUGGGACGAAACCUCUUCGCCAUGGCCGUGGAAGGGGUGGUGUUCUUCCUUAUCACUGUUCUCAUCCAGUACAGAUUCUUCAUCAGGCCCAGACCUGUAAAUGCAAAGCUUCCUCCUCUGAAUGAUGAGGAUGAAGAUGUGAAGCGGGAAAGACAGAGAAUUCUUGAUGGCGGAGGACAGAAUGACAUCUUGGAAAUCAAGGAGUUGACGAAGAUAUAUAGAAGAAAGAGGAAGCCUGCUGUUGACAGGAUUUGCGUGGGCAUUCCUCCUGGCGAGUGCUUUGGGCUUCUGGGAGUUAAUGGGGCUGGGAAAUCAUCAACAUUCAAGAUGUUAACUGGAGAUACCACUGUUACCAGAGGAGAUGCUUUCCUUAACAAAAAUAGUAUCUUGUCAGACAUCCAUGAAGUCCAUCAGAACAUGGGCUAUUGCCCUCAGUUUGAUGCCAUCACAGAGCUGCUGACCGGAAGAGAGCACGUGGAAUUCUUUGCCCUCUUGAGAGGAGUCCCAGAGAAAGAAGUUGGCAAGGUUGGUGAGUGGGCAAUUCGGAAACUGGGCCUCGUAAAGUAUGGAGAAAAAUACGCUGGUAACUAUAGCGGAGGCAACAAGCGCAAGCUCUCAACGGCCAUGGCUCUGAUUGGCGGGCCCCCUGUAGUGUUUCUGGAUGAACCUACCACAGGCAUGGACCCCAAAGCCCGGCGAUUCUUGUGGAAUUGUGCCCUAAGUAUUGUCAAGGAAGGCAGAUCAGUAGUGCUUACAUCUCAUAGUAUGGAAGAAUGUGAAGCUCUUUGCACUAGGAUGGCAAUUAUGGUCAAUGGGAGGUUCAGGUGUCUUGGCAGUGUCCAACAUCUGAAAAAUAGAUUUGGGGAUGGUUAUACAAUCGUGGUACGAAUAGCAGGGUCCAACCCUGACCUGAAGCCUGUGCAGGAGUUCUUUGGACUUGCCUUUCCAGGCAGUGUCCUCAAGGAGAAGCACCGGAACAUGCUCCAGUACCAGCUUCCAUCCUCACUGUCCUCUCUGGCCAGGAUAUUCAGCAUCCUUUCCCAGAGCAAGAAGAGACUCCACAUAGAAGACUACUCUGUUUCUCAGACAACACUUGACCAAGUAUUUGUAAACUUCGCCAAGGACCAAAGUGAUGAUGACCACUUAAAGGACUUGUCAUUACACAAAAACCAGACAGUAGUCGAUGUUGCAGUUCUCACAUCUUUUCUCCAGGAUGAGAAAGUGAAAGAAAGUUAUGUAUGAAGAAGACUGUUCAUACAGGUGACUAAAAGAAGGGAGGAACUAGCCCUUCCUUUGCACCAUGUGAAGUGUUCCAAAAGCAAGAGCUGGACGUUUUUGUGGGAAGAAGUAAACUGGAUACUGUACUGCUACUAUUCAAUGCAAUGCAAUUCAAUGCAAUGAAAACAAAAUUCCAUUACAGGGGCAGUGCCUUUGUAGCCUAUGUCUCGUAUGGCUCUCAAGUGAAAAAGACUUGAAUUUAGUUUAUUACCUUAGACCUAUGUGAAACUCUAGUAUGAAACCCAGUGGACAUAUGGGUUUGAAAUCACGCUUUUUUGUUGUUGUUGUUCCUUUGUAUUCUCACUGGGGUUGCAACAAUAAUUAAUCAAGUAAUCAUGGCCAGUGAUUAUUUAUCAAAAUCAAAAAGCAUGUACAUCUUCAUUCAUUAAGCCGUGCCAUGCCAGGAGACUGGUUUCCCGGCGACACAUCCAUUGCUGGCAAUGAGUGUGCUAGAAUUACUAGUGCCAAGUCGCUCAGAAAGCCUGAAGGACCGUGGUGUGUCAUGCACACUUUUGCAACAGCUGUUCUGCUUCAGAGUCCGUCAGCAUCGUUAUCAGUUGACAAAAUGGUGCCCUGGACGGGGAAAGCCCUGCAUUGUUUCCCUCUUUGAUGAACUGCUCUGGUGGGGCCCCUAAUGUGAAAGUGUGGGUGGCUCAAGACAGGUGGACUUGGUUCCAUUUUUAGGUUGUCCCUUGCUUGGAGCCAUGGGUCUCCAGGGCCAUUUUCUUCUGGGACUCUUCAAAUAUACUUAGCUCCUGGUAAGCACAAAGAGCCGCCAAACUGUUGAGGCUGCCAGCUGCUGAGGCCAGGUCAUGGGAUUAAAGAGAGGGCUUAAUCAAACCUAGGGAGGCCUGUGUCCUGGUUGUCUGCUAACACGGUACAUUGCAUCUCAAGAUCUUCCUGUUUUACACGAGUGUAGUGUUAUUUCUGGCUUUUUAAAAGUAAUCUAGAAUACUGAAAGGAUGGAGUUGUAUUUUGACAAAAAUCUUUGUACCUUGAAUGUUGUUUGAAAUCUUAAGGUCUGUCAGUGACUUGUGAAUCCUUGGAAUGGCCUCUUUGUAGAAGCCGUGGUGUAGAGGGGUAAGGCCGCACUGCUUCACUAGCUUUAUUUCUCACGGAAGCUUGCAGAUGGAUCCUCUGACUAGUGCCUGGUGACUGGAAAACAAUGUGGUGGUCAAGAUCUCAUGACAUUAUAUUUGAGUUUAAGAUCACUUAAAAUACUCUUAAUCUCAGUUGGUUAAUCAAGUAUUUUUUGAGUGUAUAUUUUAGCUGAAUUGAAUAUGUAUGGAUGUGGGUGGGGAGAAAUUAAGUCUCAGUAGAUAUCCUGUGCCAUGUUAUUCAGCUAACAGGUUUACAAAUAUAGGUUGUUUUGUUGUUGUGGUUGUGGGAUCCCAGUGAAAGAAUACUGGGCAGCCUUUUUUUUUUUUUUUUAAUAGCAACAGUGCAAAAGCCAAAAAAGUUUGUCUUAAGGGUCACAAUGUUAAACAAUGAAUACUUUCACAAAAAAGAUCACUAGCUUCAAAACUUUUUGAAUAACACAACUUGUGCUUAUGGUAUAUUUGGUACUGUCAAAUACUUGGCUUUGAAGAUCUUAGCCCAUUCUGACAAUCUCAAAUUUUUCAUCUCUUCAGUCCUGAAAUUCUCAUGAAAAAAAUAAAAAGAGCCAAUGCCCCCACAUGAAAUAUAUUUGACUCUUCUAACCCAGUCUUAUUUUUUUAGUCAAUAAACACAAAAAUAUUAUUUCACUAAUGCUUAAUGUGAUCUGUCUUGAGAUAACAAAAAUACGAGGGAAGUACUAUUGGCUGAAAUUCAAGCCAUCUCUCAAUGUCAUUACUAAUAUCUUUUUCUAAAAUUUAAAUAUUAACUCUAAAGGUGUAAGAUUUCUGAUCUAUUUCAAAUCUAUAUUUUUAAAAAUUUACAGAAUGUUAUCACAUAACUUGUUUGGAAAAAGAAAAUGACUUAGAAAUUAAUGCCAAUAUUUUCUAAAAUAAUAAGUAAUGAAGGCCCAUUUCCAGUAACUGUUGGCAUGAUGAGGUCAUUAGAUUUUGUGGUAUCUUUAAUGAUAUAAAAUUCACAGAGUAAUUUAGUUUCUGCUUAUUUAAUAUUUUUCAAAAUCCAACUUUUGUUAGUUUUCCCAUUUCACUUAGAAUCAUGUUCUAAUUCUCUAUUUUAUUAAAUCAGUGAGCAGCUCCUGGCUUUAAUUACUCUGACUUCAAGGCCAUAUUUUAAAAAAUCAAAAGACACUGUGAACUGUUUUGAAAAAGAAAAAAAAUUUCAAUAUAGAUUUACAAGGAUCUCUUCUGAAGCUAGAAACAAUCUAUAGCUACACACUGACUUCAUUGUUACUUUUUAGACUAUCCAGAUAGUAAUCUUUUACAUUUUCCUGUGUAAACCUAAUUAUAGUAGAAAUUUUUACCAACUCUCAAGUAAAAUUUCUGUAUAUUCCCUGUGGAAAUGUAAGUAUGUGAGUUUCAAAAAUUUUCAAAAAAAAAAAAGUGUUCAAAAGUUGCUGCUUUUGCUUCUGUUGAACACCUUGGAAACUUAAUUAACAACUGUGAAUAUGAAAAAUACAAAAGAAAACAAUCACAAAGCCCUUUAUACGUAAACAUCCAGCACAGCGCAUUGUUAAAAAACAGCCAAACCUCAAACUACUGUAUUUCAGUAUCUGUACUGAAAGCGUGUGCAUUGUGGCGAUUAAAUGUUGCACAUCUUUCAUCCACUGUAUAGUAAUCAUUGACGAAAGGGAUUUGUCUGUUUUCUUCUCGUGGUUGUAUAUAUCAGGUAAAUUUUUUUAUCCAAAGAGCCAUGUGUCAUAUAUAAUACUGAACCACUUUGAUACUGAGAAAUUAAUUUGUACCCUUGUUACUAUUUACUAGUAAUAAUAUAGUACUAUAGUAAUAUAGCUCUAAUUCUCUUCAAAAUUGUGGCAUCCCUUUUAUAGAAUGUUUCUAUUUCCAUAAGGAUUAAGUAUUCUCUCUUCUUAUACCCUAGGAUGAAGCUAUGUUUUUGUGCUUUUUCUUUAUCAUUGGCUCUUCAUUCCAAGCACUUUAUGCUGUCUCUAAUGGGAUCUAUUUUUGCACUGGAAUAUCUGAGAAUUGCAAAACUAGACAAAAGUUUCACAAUAGAUUUCUAAGUUAAAUCAUUUUCAUUAAAAGGAAAAAAAAAAGAAAAAAAAUUUUGUAUGUCAAUAACUUUAUAUGAAGUAUUAAAAAAGGCAUUUCUAUGUUGUAAUGGGUCACAAAAUAAAGCUGUGACAGUUCUGCCGUUCUA